AUGAGGCUUAUAUUAAUUUGGUUCUUACUAUUAUUAGAAUAUAUUAUUAAAAAUAAUGAGGUACUAGCAUUAUUAGAUGUACCUAACUAUGGAGAUAAUGGUCCUUUUCCUCCUUUAGUAGUUCCAACAAGUAAGGGUUCAGACUCUACGAAUUAUAGAGCUGAGAUAUUAAAUGGAGCGUUAUCACCAUUUACAUAUAUCAAAGUAGUAGGAGCUAGUAUAUGCAGUAUGGAAAAUAAAUCAUCUUCAUCUUUAGCUAAUUGUAGUGUAAAAAUUAUAUUAAAUUGCAAUGAUCCUACAGAUGGGAAUUUAACAAUAACUAGUAAUCCAAUAUUAUCUAGUAGUGGAAUAAUAGAUAUUUCUGGUGGAACCUUUGAAGUUAUUAACUCCCAGGGUGACUUUAGUAAAGGUUGGGGUUAUGGAAUAUUUCCUUAUGUGGGAGAAAAUUCUUAUUUUGAAAUAACUUUAGUCCCUGUUCUAUCACUAGAAGGAUUUUAUACAUUUGAAUUUUAUGGAAUAGGAAAUGAGAAAGCAACUAUGAGUGUAGAAUCUAUUGGAAUUUCAUGUCCUUUUUCACUUGGUGAUAUUUUUAUUGAUAAUGUUUCAUGGGGUCAAAUUUAUCUUGUUGGUACCUCAUGGAUUUCUAAUCAAAUACCUUUUCCAAAUAUAAAUAUACCUUUAGAAAAUAAAGUUUCAUCAUUUACAUGGGAUUUUACACCUGGAUCUGCAUGGAAAAUUGGGGGAUUGAUGCUUUCAUCUACAGAUGAUAUUAAAAGUCUUUUGAUGGGGAUUAAUUUUGCAGAAGCUAAUAUAAUAUUAAAAUGUCCCAAAGAUAAUUUAAGUAUGUUUUUAUCACUAAGCUCUUCUGGAACUCUUUCUAUAGCUCAACAAAUUACUUCUGGGACAUAUGAAGAUAUUUUGAAUAUUUUUAAGUCUCAUAAUUCAUUUCAGAUUCAAAGUAUGCCAUUCAAAAUUUUUAGUGGUAUGACAAUUGAAUUUACAUUUAUUAGAUCUAUUUAUGAUUCUUCAGCAAUAAUAUAUAUAAAUAAUGUAGUAAUUACAGAAAUUUUUCCAUGUAUAAGUUCUAAUAUUGAAAUAUUUGUUGAAGUGAAUUCAUGGGCUCCAUUAUUUAUAUCUAAAUUUUCCAAUAAUUGUUAUGAAUAUGGUUCAAGAUUUUCAGGUACUUUAAUAUUCUCAAUUCCUACAUUUAUUAGUCCAGGUCAAUGUCAAAAUACUUGUAGUCAAACAAGUGAUUGUAUAUUUUGGAGUUAUAACAAUCAACAAAAUAUUUGUAGUGGUUAUUCAAGUGAAAAUUAUUCUUUUCAAAGAAAUGUACAUACAUUAGGAAUUAUAACAGGUCCAAUAGCAUGCCCUUGUUAUUUCCAUAAUGUAGGGCUUUAUACUAAGCUGUUAGAGGAACCUUAUUCAGUACAAAUGAGUGAGACAAAUGCAGAGAGUGCAGCAGAUUGUCAAGCAUUAGUUCUUAAUAUGACAGGUUUAAAUUCAUAUUUUCUUUAUAAUUCUAGUUCAAAUACAUGUUUCAAACAAGCUGUAUUACCAGGUGAAACAUUCUCUUAUCAUUUACCUAAUGUAACUAUUGGACCUUCAGUUUGUAGUUCUUUUUGGUAUGGAUAUUCUGUAGAUAUUAAUGAUCAGAAUUUAUAUAUAGUUGAACAAUUUCAAUUAAAUUCAACUAAUAUAGAACAUUUAGAUCAAAUUUGUAAAGUAUACUGCAAUUUAUAUUCAGAUUGUUUAGUCUUUAUACUUACAUCAUCGUAUAAUUGUAUCUUAUAUUCAAUUCAUAAUUCAAAUGCAAAUAUUUUUUAUAAGAUUAUGAAUAUGAUCAUUCCUAAUAGUAAUGUAAUUGUAAUGGGUGUUAAUACACCGAUUAAAAUACCUUUUAAUUCAAAAGAUUCAUAUUCAAAAACUUUGGUUCAUGUUACAGCUGGUAAUAUAGUUGUUGAUGUUUCAAUGAUAUCUAAAGCAUGGAAAAUAGUGCCAUCAUUAGGAGUAAUUCUUAUAUCUUUCUUUAUAUUUAGUACUUCUCUCUUUUGA